AUGCGAUGGUCGAAGAACAUACAUGAAGAACGAGACGCCCCUGAGCAGAUUGUACUCGGCAGUAUGGACCCAAAAAUGUGUGCGUUACUCAACUUGGCCGUCUACAUUGAGACGAGCACGAAUGUUUCUAACUCGGAGUUCAUCUACGGUCACCCGAAGGAUGGGAAUCGCGUGGUGCGUCGGUUUCUGGGAGACAUCAUUACAAACACCGCUUUUAAGAAUAUGAAGACAGGGAAACUUGGAACACACAGCUUUCGCAAGGGUGCAGCAACGUAUGCUUCUCGGUGCGGAAUGUCAAAGGUCUUUGUUAACCGCCGUGGUCGCUGGAGGACACGCAAAGGCGUUGUUGACGUCUACAUUGACAACACGCAGCCAUACCCCGAUGCCUGCACCGCAGCAGCACUGGCGGGACCACUAGGUCCAUGUUUCUACGUACGCAAACAUGGGAUUGACUGUGUUUCUCCAACACUAUUAGUUGACCAGAUAGCACCUACAAUCAAACAAGUGAUGGGUGAGGCGGUGGCAACUACACUGGCGAUGCCGUUGUUAUGGGCAGCUAUGGAACCCUCUGACAACUACACAUACGAGCUCAUUCCAGAUCGACUCAAGCAGAAAAUUAUUGGAGCUUACGUUAAUUCGGGAGGGAAUAGUGCAACAGACGUUAAUCGUCGAGGAAUUAUUGCUGGUAGCAGCACAGGAGGAGAAGGUUCUCGCCGAGAGUUUGCUGCUCUUCACUCGCAGUAUGCAGCCGUACAGCGUUCAGUGUCAGAGCUUAUGAGCGAGAUGCAGCGGUCUCGACAUGAAAAUCAACGUGAACUGCAAAAGAUUCAGGCGAUAUUGAAGCGAGUAAUGAUGCAGCCAGCAGUCCGCUUAGACGCGCCUUCACAUGUGGUAGUUUAUCCGGAAAAGAGAGUUGCACGGUUAUCAAAGCGACCAAAGGACUUGUUCGAGCUCUGGCACGAAUUUCAGUUUGGUAAUGGUGGGCUCAAGCCAGCAAAGGACUUUACACCGGUCGAACGAGGUGCCAACAAGUUUGCAUUUUCUCGGAGAAAGGUCUUUUGGGAUAUCGUGGCGACACUGAUUCGUUCGGGUUACACUAGUGAUACUGCGAUAGAUAAAAUUUACGCUGUGUACGGUAGGCAACUCCCUGUGUCGAGCAUCCUGACUGCUCUGCGUGCUGACCGGAGGCAAGGUGGCCAUGCAAGUCUUCGCCUGUAA